AUGAAGGUUUCAACUGCCGUUGUUGGUACUGCCUUGCUCGCAGCGUCCGCUCUUGCUGCGCCCUUGACUGCCCAACGCCAGGCGCGCCAGGAGGCCCGCCGCGCUGCUCGUGCUGCUGGCCGUCACAGCAACCCUCCUUAUAAGCCUGGAACCAAAGAUGUUCUUUCUGUCAACAAGUCGGUGCACGAGCAGUACAGCUCCAACUGGGCAGGUGCAGCCCUCAUCGGCACCGGCUACACUGGGGUGACCGGCCAAUUCACCGUUCCGACUCCCCAGGUUCCAUCUGGUGGCAGUUCGAACACCCAGUACUGUGCUUCUGCAUGGGUUGGAAUUGACGGGGAUACUUGCAGCAGUGCUAUUCUACAAACCGGUGUCGACUUCUGUGUUCAAGGCGGCUCCGUGACAUAUGACGCUUGGUACGAAUGGUAUCCUGACUAUGCCUAUGACUUCAGUGGCAUCGAUAUCUCCGCCGGAGAUGUGAUUAAAGUGACUGUGGAUGCUAGUUCUGAUACUACUGGCACUGCAACUGUCGAGAACGUCUCUACCGGUCAGUCUGUGACCCACACGUUCACCGGCGGUGUCGAUGGCGAUCUUUGCGAGUAUAAUGCAGAGUGGAUCGUCGAAGAUUUUGAAUCAGGCAACUCCUUGGUUCCAUUUGCCAACUUCGGUACUGUGACAUUCUCUGGCGCGGAGGCUACCGAUGGAAGCUCUACAGUUGGACCUUCUGGCGCGACUAUUAUGGAUAUUCAGCAGAACGAAGUUCUUACCUCCUCGUCUGUUAGCGGCAGCAGUGUUACAGUGAAGUAUAUUGGAUAG